AUGCAGGUGGCUAACCUGAAAGAGCGGGCAGCACCGACUCGCCGGCGCGCCGCACGUAGCCAGAGCGGUAACCUUCACAACAGAGAGUUCCUACCGCGUCCCGAGGUGGCCAAGGCUGACAUGGACAGCACCAAAGAGGAGGAGGCGCUGCUGCAGUCAGUGAGGAAGGCUGGAGCCGCGGUGCCAAGGAAGCGAGCGGUGGGAAGGCUGGUCAUGCACAGCAUGGUGAUGUUCGGGCGCGAGUUCUGCUAUGCCGUGGAGGCCGCCUUCGUCACGCCGGUGCUGCUCAGUGUAGGGCUGCCCAAGAACCUCUACAGCCUGGUGUGGCUCAUCAGCCCUAUCCUGGGCUUCAUGCUGCAGCCUGUGGUAGGUUCAGCCAGUGAUCACUGCACCUGUAGCUGGGGCAGGAGGAGACCUUACAUUCUGGGUCUGGGCAUCACUAUGCUGUUAGGCAUGGCUUUGUACCUCAAUGGGGACAUGAUGAUCUCAGCUUUCAUCGCUGAGAGACAAAGGCAGCAGACGUGGGCAAUAAUCAUUACCAUGCUGGGAGUAGUGCUUUUUGAUUUUGCAGCUGAUUUUAUUGAUGGCCCCAUCAAAGCAUAUUUAUUUGAUGUCUGCUGUCAUGAGGAUAAAGAGAAAGGUCUGCAUUACCACGCCCUCCUCACAGGUUUGGGAGGAGCCCUGGGUUACCUGACAGGUGCUGUGGACUGGGGUCAAAUUAUGCUAGGAUAUUCCUUGACAUCGGAGUUCCAGGUCAUUUUCUUCUUCGCAGCCUUGGUUUUCCUAAUCUGCCUUGCUGUACAUCUGCGCAGUAUUCCAGAAGUUCCGCUCAGAUAUGAAAAUGAAGAAUCAAAGUUCUUGCUGGAAGUGACUGAGUCCUAUAAAUAUAACUCCAUAGAGGGAGAAAUCAAGAAUGGUUACUUAAAAUCAACAUGUACUGAAAUAAAGGCUGAAGCUGAACCAGGGAAAUGUGCUGUGGUAUCACAUACGGAGAAUCAAAGGCGGAUGACCCUUAAAUCACUCUCGAAGACACUUUUAAACAUGCCACCCCACUAUCGCUGUCUGUGUGUGAGCCAUCUCUUUGGAUGGAUGGCUUUCCUGUCCAACAUGCUCUUCUUCACGGAUUUCAUGGGACAGGUUGUAUACCACGGUAGUCCUUAUGCACCCCGUAACUCCACGCUUUACCUUUCCUACAGAAAAGGAGUAGAGAUGGGAUGCUGGGGGCUGUGCAUCAAUGCAAUUUCUUCAUCAGCCUAUUCUUACAUACAGAAAAUCCUCCUGCCACACCUAGGACUAAAGGGACUUUAUUUCAUCGGAUACCUACUUUUUGGAUUGGGUACUGGAUUAAUUGGCUUGUUUCCCUAUGUCUAUUCCACUCUGGCUCUCUGUUCCCUCUUUGGCAUCAUGUCCAGCACUCUAUAUACAGUGCCGUUCCACCUCAUUGCAGAGUAUCACAGGGAAGAAGAGAGCCUGAAGCUGCAGGACGGGGAGCAAGCUGGACAGCACGGGCGAGGGAAGGGCAUUGACUGUGCUGCUCUCACCUCCAUGGUCCAGCUGGCCCAGAUCAUCCUCGGUGUAUGCCUGGGGCUCUUGGUCAGUGUUGCCGGCAGCACCGUCACUGUGAUUUCAGCAUCUGCGGUGGCACUGAUCGGCUGCUGCUUUGUUGCAUUUUGUGUACACUACGUGGAGUAG